CCUCUGUCUACCCCACGAUCCCCAAACGUUCUCCAUUUCUAUAUCUUAGAAACCCUCCGAGGGUCUAGAGAGCGACUCCGCAAGCUCACCACCAUGGCUUCCUCCACCGCUGCCGCCGUGCAGACGGUCACCCAGGUCGUCACCAAGAUUGCCUCCGCCGCCAGCGCGACUCCGAGCAGUGGGAACAAGGCUACUCCCCAAGGUGGCGUGCUCGAACAUGUCAACCCAGUACAUUACGAUCCAAAGAACCCAAUUAUUCUGUUCAUUGUCCAGGCUUCCAUCAUCAUCAUUUUCUGUCGUCUCCUCCACUGGCCCCUCGCAAAGAUCCGUCAACCUCGAGUUAUCGCUGAAGUUAUUGGAGGCAUUCUCCUUGGUCCCUCCGUCCUUGGCCGCAUCCCCGGAUUCAAAGCGAAUAUCUUCCCCGAUGCCAGUAUACCCCUCUUGAAUUUGGUUGCGAACUUGGGUCUCACUCUGUUCCUGUUCAUCAUCGGUCUGGAAGUGGAUCUGCGCAUUGCCACGAGGAAUUGGAAAGUCGCAUUGAGCGUUGGUGUCGUUGGCAUGGCCUUGCCUUUUGGUUUGGGUGUCGCCAUCGCGGUGGGAUUGUACCACCAAUUCAAGGACGAACCGGGCACCGUGCCAAUCAACUUCGGUAUCUUUGCGCUCUUCAUCGGUGUCGCAAUGGCUAUCACUGCCUUCCCCGUACUUUGCAGAAUUCUUACCGAGCUCAAAUUGUUGGAUACUCCCGUUGGUGUUAUUGUCCUGGCUGCUGGCGUCGGAAACGACGUGGUCGGCUGGAUCUUGCUUGCCCUCUGUGUUGCCCUCGUCAAUGCAGCCAGUGGUUUAACAGCACUUUGGGUGCUCCUGGUGUGUGUUGGUUACACGCUCUUCCUCGUUUAUGCCGUUCGGCCUUUGUGGAUCCGCCUUCUACGAUGGAACGGAGCUAUUCAGGACGGCCCCAGUCAGGGAAUUAUCGGUCUCACUCUACUUCUCUGUCUUGCUUCGGCCUUUUUCACCGGUAUUAUUGGUGUCCACGCCAUUUUCGGUGCCUUCCUGGCUGGAAUGAUCUGCCCGCACGAAGGUGGCUUCAACAUCAAGGUCGCUGAGAAGAUUGAGGAUCUUAUCGGAGCAUUGUUCUUGCCUCUCUACUUCACCCUAUCUGGACUCAACACCAACAUUGGCCUUCUCGAUAGUGGAAUUGUCUGGGCCUACGUUAUCGGUGUCACUUCUGUCGCCUUCUUUGCCAAGUUCAUUGGUGCCGCCGCGGCUGCUCGCUGGACCGGAAUGAUGGGGCGUGAGUGCCUGGCUAUCGGAUCGCUGAUGAGUUGCAAGGGUCUUGUCGAGCUUAUCGUCCUCAACAUCGGUCUCCAGGCAAAGAUUCUAGGAACGCGUACAUUCACCAUGUUCGUCGUCAUGGCCCUCGUCACAACUUUCAUGACCUCGCCUCUCACCAUUCAGUUCUAUCCAUUGUCGUACCAAAAGAAGGUGGCUGCCUACCGCAGAGGCGAGAUUGACUGGGAUGGAAACCCUCUGGACGGGAGCGAGAGCGUCGCCGACGGUGCCCAUUACGAGAAAUUGGAGACCCAGAAGAUCAGGCGCCUCACGGUUUACUUGCGCUUGGACAGCAUGCCAAACCUACUUGCAUUCUCCUCCCUCUUCGGCGGAAAGUUGGAGAAACAAGCAGUCAAAUCUCAUCCUUCGCUCAACAACGCAAGCAAUGUGGCAGAACGCGGCGAGCCAUCGGCGAGCGAGGAACCGACCAAACGAAGUGUCGAAGCACACGGUCUACGUUUGCUCAACCUCACCGAUCGUGGAUCUUCCGUCAUGCAGGUAUUCGAGGGGCAGUCUUACACGGCGAACGAUCCCAUCGUCAAUACAUUCCGAACAUUUGGACGUCUUCAUAACUUGGCUAUCAGUGGUGAGGCACUUGUCGUUCCAGAAUCUUCUUUCGCCGACACGCUCACCACCCGUGCUGCCGAAUCGGAUCUACUUCUGAUACCGUGGAGCGAGACGGGAGGAAUGAGUGAACAGGCAAUUAUCGAGGACAAGGGAACGAAGAAUAAACUCGCAGCCGGCUCCUAUCUAUCUUUCGUCAGUUCCACACUAGACCAGUCAUCAGUCACCACGGCAGUUUUGGUCAAUAAGAAUUUCGGUGGGCCAAAGAACAAGAACAAGCCGAAGCUAGCUCGCACAUACAGCAACGUCAGUCUCCAGAGCCACCGAGACGUACCUGUCGAUGCUCCCCUCCAGGAUCAAAGCCAUCACAUCUUCUUCCCCUUCUUCGGCGGCGAAGACGAUCGAGCCGCCCUCCGCCUCGUCCUCCAGCUUGCCGAAUCCCCAGACGUCACCGCCACCCUUGUGCAUUUCGAAGUAUCCGACGAAUUCCUCGACACUACCUCCCCCACAUCCGCCUCUUCCUCCUCCGAUCCAACCCCCAACAAAGGCCCCGAAGCCACCGUCACCCCGACCCCAGCUUCGACCUCCCCACGCGAACAAGACGCUGCCUUCUUCGCCGCCCUUCGCGCGUCCCUCCCUCCCGAGCUCUCCUCCCGGGUCCUCUUCGACACCCACCGCGCCACCAACCCCCUCCAAGACGUCCUCACCCGCGCCGGCACAGAGGUCGGUCAAUCCCCCCGCAACGCAGGCGACCUCAUCGUCCUGGGCCGCAACAUCGGCCGCAAGGGUCUCGCCUCAACUGUCAGCGGCGCCUCUCGCGAGUCCGUCGACGACAUCCGAACCUCGACCUCUGCCGGCUCGACGCUCGGCGUGUUGGCAGAGAAGGCGUGGCAGGCGAAGCUCAGCGCUAGCGUGCUCGUCGUCAAGGCUGCUAGGAGGGAGUAGACGUCCUAGUUUUAUCUUCUCACUACAUACUCCUACCCAUAUCUUCACGCAUUCACUCAUUUGAUCGAUCAUCCACUGCAUAUACGUUUGCAUGCCCCUCUAAACACAUAUAUUUGAAGAAGUCUAACCCCUUCCCUCAAGAUUCGAACAUGUGGGAUUUGGAUUUUAUGAAUUUUGGCAUUUGGCUAGUUUGGCUUUUGUCUUGAAGCAUUCUCGGGAAAUGUGCAAAUGUCUUCGGUUCGUCUAUCAUUGCUGCUGUCUUGGACGCCAUUUAUAUAGUGUUUGGAUCUUCUUCUGGGAAGAAUGGAUUUUUAUAUAACAAGAAGAAAGAUGGAUGGAACUUGAAUAUAUUCAUUGCAUUGACAACAUGUCAUGCCAUACCACAUCAUACCA